AUGGUUCGUAUACAACAACUUACGCCUGAAGCCUUGGCUACACUGCCAGAGAGAAGUGCCAUGAUUCCCAAUCAUGACGGCACUCUAGGUCUAUACACUAUUUCUACAUAUAAUCUAGAGGGAACAACAACUAGCCAAGUUCGUGUCAUGAAUCUUGCCACUGGAGCUUCUUCUUGCAUCGCGGACGGUGAUGUGGCUAAGGAGCCUUGCUGGAUUCCUGACACAAAUGAAAUCCUAUAUCUCCAUCUAGAAGAAGCUGGAGAAACUUCUCUAAUGGUCAUACCUGGAGAUAAUUUCAAUCAUGGCUCUGUCAAACUCGGCGAAUAUGACGCUCCCCUCUCCGACUUACAGCUGCACCAACUUCCCGAUGGUGCUGUCGCUAUUACAGUCUCUGGCUUAACCGAUGCACACGAUAACCUGUUCAACCCCAAGAAAGAGGUAACAACGACAUCAGGAAGAGUUUUUGAUUACAUCUCUUUUCGUGAAUACAACGCCUACAAUCCAGAUCAGCGACGAUCACUCUGGUAUACCAACUUGCACAAAAACCCUCAAGAUCAAUGGGAACUGGGUCCGACACUAUUUAAUGCGACACCUGGGAGCCACCUGGACGUCGCUGUCUAUAUCAACGAAGCGGGUGGCAUCAAGGACAUCUACGAUGUUUCCGCCACUGGUAUAGCCUUUUUUGCCUUUGACAGAGACCAACGAAGUGUCAAGACGCAACGGAAUACGUAUGCCUACUACACUGCUAUAGACUCAUUUACCAUGCCUCCCUGCCAGGCAGCGAAACGGGUAGCCAUGCCAGAUGGGUUGGGCAUUGGUGUUGGAGCAAACAUGCAACUCUCCCCCAGCGGCACUGACUUGGCAUUCCUCUACGAAGAAUACCAGGAUAUCUGUGGUAAACGUCUCUAUUUGGCAUCAACUACUGACCUUCAAGCUUUUGAUGUCAACCGGCUGGUGACUAAAACCGACGAGGGUCCUGAUUAUAACCGUCCAUCUUCAUUUAGGUUUACACACCAAAAUGAUGUUUUGAUUAUCUGCACAGAGCGCUGCGGUCGGUCUACUCUAGCCGUCCUUGAACUUAAGGAUGGGGCAAAGGAAGAUGUCUUUUUCACUGGUGGUACUGUUGUCAAUUAUUCACCUCUGAAGAGCGAUAAAUGGGCAAGCAUUCUGGUAUCAUCAAACAGCUUCAUCGACACCAGCACAUACCAGAUUGUAGAUCUUGAUGGCUCCCCACCUCGACUCAUAUCAUCUGCGACAGGCAACGGUUCCAAGAUUAAUCUUAGCACCGAAAAUGUUUCAGAGUUUUGGUUUGAGGGAGCAGAUGGAAUCUGCAUGCAAUCUUUCAUGCUCCGCCCUAGCGAUUUUGACGAAAAUAAGAAAUACCCAUGGGUCCUAUUACCUCAUGGCGGUCCCGUGGGGUCAACACCAGAUGCUUGGCGUCGCUAUCUCAACCCUGCCAUCUGGGCCUCCCAAGGCUACGUUGUUGUCUUGCCAAAUGUCAGCAGCAGCCUAGGCUUCGGUACAGAACUGAUACAGAGGGUUCAAGGUCAAUGGGGAGGAAACCCGUACAGAGAUAUUGUCUGUCUAAUGGCCCAUCUCGAACAAGUGCCGUACCUUGACCAGGAUAAGGCCGUGCUCUGUGGAGGAAGCUAUGGUGGGUACAUGGUUAGUUGGAUCUUUGGCCAUGACUUGGCCAAAAAGUUCUGCGCUGCUAUUUGGAUCUGUGGCGUGUUCAACCUUCCCGCGUUUGUACUGGAAACCGAUACGGCCCAAGACUCAAGUCUUGGUCCAGUACACAUGACAGAUCUGAGCACAGAAGAAUUGGAAAAAUGUAAUCCGGCCAGCCCCCAGCGCCUAAAGAAUUGGAAGGACGCACCGCCAACAAUCGUGGUUCAUGGCGAAAAGGACUAUCGAGUGCCCAUCACCCAGGGGCUAGCUGCGUUCAAAGUCCUACAGAGCUAUAAUGUGCCCAGUCGGUUUGUUGCAUUUGAAGAUGAGAGCCACAAACUUUCGAAACCAGGGAAUAUCUUGUAUUUCAACAAGGUGGUAACUGAUUGGGCAAACCGAUGCAUCCAAGGCGAGCUGAAGCGUGGAGAUUCUGAGUGGUAG